UGACAAGUAAUUUACAGUAUCGAUGAUAGUAAAAACAAUUUGCUUCAACCUUAAUUAGAUUACUAAGAAAUGUCGAAGCCAUUUAACUACAACCGACGGCAGUACAAGUUUCAAGUUCCACAAUGGUAGACGUCAUAGAUCCAGGAGUUGUGAAGACAGGAGCCUACAAGUACGAAGAUGGGACUCGUUAUGUUGGCGAGUGGAAUUCGAAGGGCCAGAAGCAUGGUAUGGGACAUCUGGUACUACCGGACGGUACCAGGUAUGAUGGAGCCCUGAUUGGAGGUCUGUGCUCUGGACUUGGCGUGAUGGCAUUCCCUGAUGGAGCCAAAUAUGAAGGUGAAUUCAUGCAGGGCUGGUUCCAUGGUCACGGCGUAUUCUGGCGAGCUGAUGGCAUGAAGUUCGAAGGGGAGUUUCGUGGAGGAAGGGUUUGGGGUUUGGGACUAGUGACCUUCAGUGACGGUAGUAACGGCUUCCCUCGCAACGAAGGCUUCUUUCAGGACUGUCGGUUGGUGCGUCGCAAGCGCUGCCCAGAAGUUGUGCAGCGUGCCCAAAAGGUUGCCUAUAUGGCCCGUGCGCAGUGCCAACAGAUGUAGAAUUAACCUUACUUUGUAUUUAGUGUUUGCAAUGGAAUAAAACAG